CAGUCUUCAGGCAAACUGCAGUUUAACACUAUCAGAAUUCUCACUCAACUCUAUAAUCAUGUCUAGGAGCACGUUCUGGACUCCCUUGCCAAAGCCAUCUUCUAGGCUAGCGCGGUAUCGCGUGUUGUCUCCUAAUGCUGGUAUCCAUGUCUCACCCCUGCAGCUUGGUGCUAUGAGCAUCGGUGACAAGUGGGAGGAAUUCGGCAUGGGUAGUAUGGACAAGACAUCCUCUUACAAGCUCCUCGACGCGUUCUACGAGGCCGGGGGAAAUUUCAUUGACACCGCUAACAAUUAUCAAGAUGAAAGCUCUGAAGAAAUCAUCGGGGAGUGGGCAGAACAACGGGGCAUUCGCGAUCAACUUGUGAUCGCUACAAAGUACACGACCAAUUAUAAGCGCGGCAACGACGCCAUUCGUCAGAAGGGAGCGUAUACCGGUAACAACAUCAAGUCAAUGCAUAUCAGUGUCGAAGCCAGCUUGAAGAAGCUGAGGACUUCCUACAUCGACAUUCUGUACGUGCACUGGUGGGACUGGGACACCUCGGUCGAAGAGGUCAUGAACGGUCUGCAUGUGCUUGUGCAACAAGGCAAAGUGUUGUAUCUUGGCAUCUCGGACACUCCUGCUUGGGUUGUGUCCAAAGCGAACCAGUAUGCUCGGGAUCAUGGAAAAUCACCGUUUGUGAUCUACCAGGGUGCUUGGAACGUCAUGAGUCGGGAUUUUGAACGAGAUAUCAUACCAAUGGCCCGCUCUGAAGGUCUUGCGCUUGCGCCCUGGAACGUCCUUGCCGGCGGGAAACUUCGAACUGACGAGGAAGAGGAGCGCCGCCGGCAGACAGGAGAGAAAGGCCGCAUGAUCACCAAUCCCAACUGGGAACGCAACUCGACAGAAAGGGCCAUGAGCGGAGCGCUGGAGAAGGUCGCCAAAGAAGUCGGUGCGAAGCACAUCACAGCGGUGGCCAUUGCAUAUCUUAUGCAGAAGACGCCCUAUGUGUUCCCGAUUAUUGGUGGGCGAAAAGUGGAGCAGUUGGAGGCCAACCUAGAAUCGCUGGCGAUCUCGCUAACACCUGAACAGAUGGAGUAUUUGGAGAGCAUCGUUCCUUUCGACCCGGGCUUCCCCUCCACACUGAUUGGUAAUGGCAAGCAAUACAGCUUUCUUUUACUGCAUACUGCAUAUCUGGAAAAGCAGCCGCAGGAGAAGCCCAUAGUUCCAGACGCUAAUUAGUUCGGUGCUGCUUAUAAUUUGCACAUGUUUCAAGGCGCACUGCGUCCCAGUAAAACUCUUCUAAGCUGAUACACAUAAACAUGACCCGCUCGCUUGAUGGCAUACCAUUUCGAAGCCACCGACUCGAUGUGAAACGCUUGGACAGCUCUUCGUGAAUUCAUCUUGCCAAGUUGUCAUCAUGAUCCCCUCGGAUGUUUGAGUUCUUAUAGAAGAACACUUUAACGUUCCAGUGAACUGUAGGCAGCUGUAGUAUCAGAAUAGAGUGACUGUUACCUUUUGUCCUGACCUCGUUUGGACCUCUUAGCCUUAUUG